CGAAUCCAUUGCAGACAGCGACAACUUGUCAAUUCAGAACAGACCCGAACUCAGUUCAACAGUGAGCUGAUCCAAAGUUAGUUCGUUCUCAAGAUUUUUCAAUAACAUUCCUUAUUACCAUGGCUGAUGACGAUUUCGAAGUCGACGAUGUCGCAGAUGAGUUUGACGAUGUCGAAGACGAUGAUAACAUUGAGUUAGAACAACCCGAAGAUGAGGCUGAAAAUUUUGAUUUAGUGCCUCCUGGUGAAGCUACUGGUGGAGUUCAGAAGAGUAAACGCAUCACUACUCAUUACAUGACCAAAUAUGAAAGGGCUCGUAUACUUGGUACAAGAGCCUUACAAAUAUCCAUGUGUGCACCUGUGAUGGUAGAAUUGGAAGGUGAAACUGAUCCUUUACAAAUUGCCAUGAAAGAAUUGAAGCAGAGAAAAAUUCCAAUUAUCAUCAGACGAUUUCUACCAGACAACAGUUAUGAAGAUUGGGGAAUUGAUGAAUUAGUUAUUAUUGAUCAUUAAUCUAUAAGAUGAAAGAAAUAUCAUUCAUAAACCUUGGAAAGUAAAAAUAAGAUCAUGGAACAUAAUUGAUUCUAGACAUUCUAAAUUUUAAUUUUCUUUGGUUUUGAAUUGUGUGAUUGAGUCGACAAUUUUUAAAUCGAUAGGUCAUGUUGAUCAACAAUUUUUUUCAUAUGAACCAAUCUUUAUUUAAAAAUUAAUUCAUGUAAAUAAAUGAGUGAAUGUUUUUAUGAUUAUGAGAAAAUGUGUUUCAAUAAAAAAAGUUUUACAAAUAAA